AUGGAACCUGCGCAGCAACCUCAGCGCGGGAGCAGGGCAGCGGCGGCCCCGACGGCCGGCAAGCGGGAGCGGCCCGGCUACGCGGGCCAGGCGGGCCCCGCAGCAGCAGCAGCAGAGGGUGUAGCCGGGGGCGGCCCGCAGCGGCGAAGAAGGCGAGGGGCCGCGGCUGGAGCCGGCGGCGGCGGCGCGGCUUCCCUCACGCUGGCGGCCAACGGGACUCCGGCACCGGCGGCGGCCGUCCCCAGCAGCGGCGGCGCCAAUUCGCUUCUGCUGCGGAGGGGCAGGCUGAAAAGGAACCUCUCGGCCGCCGCCUCCUCCUCGUCGUCUUCUUCCUCCUCGGCCGCCGCCGCCUCGCUGGGCACCCGCAGCCUGGAUCGGAAGGCGCUGCUCCUGCUGCCCAAGCCGCCCCGGCAGCUCCAGCCUCUACAGCCGCCGGAGCGGGACUGGGUGCGUCGGGACCUCCAGCGGGGAUGCGUCCAUGUCUACUACUACCACCACCACCAUCAUCACCAGCAGCGAGGGGGCGGCGGCGGCGGCUGCUACCUGCGGCCGGUCCUUUGCACCCUGGAGACGACGGCGGCCGAGGUGGCGUCGCGGUUGUUACAGCUCGGGCACCGUGGAGCGGGCAGCAGCGCCGUCCGGGUCUUGGGGAAGGCGGCGGCAGUAACCGCAGAGACGCGCGGCCCCCAUGAAGAAGGGGAGGAAGAAGAGGAAGAGGAUGAAGGAGAAAUGGACGGCGAUUUUGCGGCAGACCCGUCCGCCGAGCCCGGGGGAGCAGAAGAGGCGCUGCCUGGCCCCGCGGAGGCUUCGGCUUCCCCAGCAGGGAGCCUGACCCCGAUACCGGCCGGGAGGAGGCCGCGAAACCGUCGGGGGACCCCCAGCGGCUUGGGCGGCGGCGAGGCGGCUCCCCGACCGGGGCGCUUGGCUCUCACCAGCGGGGAGAACGGCCGAGCAGGUGGCCGUCCCUGCCUGUCGCCCUCCGACUGCAGCCCAGGGCGGGCCUUUCCUUCUCCGCCACCUGCGCAGCUCUACCUAUCGGGCCCGCCACUCUCCUGCCCGUCCCUGCUGGGGGGCUCGGACACGGAGAGCUUCAGCCCCAGCGCUGAGAGCACCUCGGACCGGCUGGACGCCUACAGCGGCGGCGGCGGUUCCUCGUCUUCGUCGGAGGAGCUAGAGGCGGACCCUCCUCCUCCUCCUGUGCCGGCAACGGCGGAGGGGGAAGGGGCCGGAUCGGGGCCUGGCAGGAGCCGCCGGGCCCGCCUGGGCGGCCUGCCGUCGGCGCACGCGGAGAACCCCCGGGGGGGCAGAGCUGUGGGGGAGUCCCCCGUGGCGGGGAAGGCGCCGGGAGGGGAUCCCUCUUCCGCCGGGGAUGCCGCCGCCUCCUCCUCGCGGCAGCCUCCGGCCUUGUACGUGCAGCUGCAUGGGGAGACCGCCCGCCGGCUGGAGCCUCACGAGCAGCCCUUGCAGGUCCAAAACGACUACCUCUCGCAGCUGGGCUUCCGGGACCUGUGGCGGGUGCAGGAGGAGGGCAUGGACUCGGAGACCGGCUGCCUCAUCCGCUUCUAUGCAGGAAAGCCCCACAGCAUUGGCAACUCUGAACGGAUUCAGCUCUCAGGAAUGUACAAUGUUCGAAAAGGGAAAAUGCAUUUGCCGGUCAACAGAUGGACAAGACGCCAAGUUAUCCUUUGUGGGACGUGCCUAAUUGUAUCAUCGGUGAAAGAGAGCCAGACUGGAAAGAUGCAUGUGCUCCCCUUAAUCGGUGGAAAGGUUGAAGAAGUUAAAAAGCACCAGCACUGUUUAGCAUUUAGCUCUUCUGGACCUCAGAGCCAGAGUUACUACAUCUGUUUCGACACUUUCACUGAGUACUUGCGGUGGCUACGGCAAGCUUCAAAGAUUGCAUCGCAGCGAAUAAGCUCAGUGGAUCUCUCAUGUUGCAGCCUGGAGGAUCUCCCUGCCAACCUCUUCUAUAGCCAGGACCUCACUCAUCUCAAUUUGAAGCAAAACUUCCUAAGGCUGAACCCUAGCCCGUCCACAGCCAGGGGACUGAAUGAGCUACAAAGGUUCAGCAAGCUAAGGAGCCUUAACCUUUCCAACAAUCAUUUAGGAGAGUUCCCAUUGGCAGUCUGCAGCAUUCCAACCUUGACUGAGCUCAACGUGUCCUGCAAUGCACUCAGAAGUAUCCCAGCAGCCGUCGGUGAUAUGAACAAUUUACAGACCUUCUUGUUGGAUGGGAACUUCCUCCAGAGCCUUCCCGCUGAGUUGGAAAGGAUACCGCAGCUUAGCUACCUUGGUCUUUCUUUCAAUGAAUUCAGCGGCGUUCCCGAGGUGUUAGAGAAGCUGCCUGCCAUGGACAAACUCUGUAUGUCUGGAAACUGCAUGGAAACGCUCUGUUUGCAGGCGCUGAACAGAAUGCCACACAUCAAACAUAUAGAUCUAAGGUUAAAUGUCAUUAGGAGGUUGGUGGCGGACGGCACUGAUUUCCUACAUCACGUCACCCAGCUCGAUCUUCGGGACAAUAAGCUAGGCGAGCUCGAUGCCACCAUCUUCAACAACAUUGAAAUACUGCACUGUGAAAGAAACCAGCUGGUCAGCCUCAAAAUCAGCGGAUACUUGCUUAAAGCUCUUUAUGCCACUUCAAAUGAACUUGUUCACCUUGAUGUGUAUCCAGUUCCGAACUAUCUGACUUACAUGGAUGUUUCUAGAAACCACCUCGAGAGCCUCCCUGAAUGGGUCUGCGACAGCAGGAAGCUGGAAGUUCUAGAUCUGGGCCACAAUCAAAUAUGUGAACUGCCUGCCCGGUUAUUUUGCAAUAUCAGCUUGAGGAAGUUGCUCGCAGGACACAAUCAAUUAGCCAGGCUACCGGAGAGGAUCGAACGGACGCAUGUCGAGGUCUUGGACGUGCAACACAACCUGCUUACAGAGCUGCCAUCUAAUUUGCUGUUGAAAGCUGACAGCUUAAGGUACCUGAACGCUUCUGCCAACAAACUGGAAAUGCUGCCUGCAGCCACUCUUUCGGAAGAGACCCACAGCAUUUUGCAGGAACUCUAUUUGACCAACAAUCACCUCACGGAUAAAUGCGUGCCCUUGUUAACAGGCCACCCGCACCUGAAGAUCUUGCAUAUGGCCUACAACCGCCUGCAGAGCUUUCCUGCAAGUAAAAUGGCCAAACUUGAAGAGCUGGAAGAAAUUGACGUUAGCGGAAACAAACUGAAAUCUAUCCCCACAACCAUUAUGAACUGUCGGCGCAUGCAUACUGUGAUUGCACACUCCAAUUGUAUCGAAGUCUUCCCAGAGGUCAUGCAGCUUGGUGAAAUCAAGUGUGUGGACCUGAGCUGUAAUGAACUGACUGAAGUCACAUUACCUGAAAACUUGCCUCCAAAGCUGCAGGAACUAGACUUGACUGGAAACCCCAGACUUGCCCUGGAUCACAAAACCCUGGAGCUAUUGAAUAACAUCCGUUGUUUCAAGAUUGACCAGCCUUCUGCCGGAGAUGCCUCGGGAGCCCCAGCCGUGUGGAGCCAUGGUUACACGGAAGCCUCGGGAGUUAAGAACAAGCUGUGCGUGGCGGCUCUUUCCGCCAACAACUUCUGCGACAACCGGGAGGCCCUCUACGGCGUCUUUGAUGGGGACCGCAACGUGGAAGUGCCUUACCUCUUGCAGUGUACCAUGAGCGACAUCUUGGCAGAGGAACUGCAAAAGACAAAGAGUGAAGAGGAGUACAUGAUCAACACUUUCAUUGUAAUGCAGAGGAAACUUGGAACGGCUGGGCAGAAGCUUGGAGGCUCUGCUGUCCUUUGCCAUAUCAAGCAUGACCCGAUAGACCCAGGCGGAUGCUUCACGUUAACCUCUGCGAAUGUGGGGAAGUGCCAAUCCGUUCUCUGCAGGAACGGCAAACCUCUGCCUUUAUCCAGGUCUUACAUGAUGAACUGCGAAGAAGAGUUGAGGAGGAUCAAGCAGCAUAAGGCCAUCGUCACAGAAGAUGGCAAAGUGAAUGGCGUGACGGACUCGACGAGGAUCUUGGGAUACACCUUCCUCCACCCGAGUGUGGUUCCUCGCCCUCACGUGCAGUCCAUCACGUUGACUCCUCAGGACGAAUUCUUCAUUCUGGGCAGCAAAGGCCUCUGGGACAGCCUUUCCAUCGAAGAAGCCGUGGAAGCCAUCAGGAACGUCCCCGACGCCCUAGGAGCCGCCAAGAAGCUCUGCACGUUGGCCCAGAGCUACGGCUGCAACGACAGCCUCAGCGCUGUGGUGGUCCAGCUCAACGUCACCGAGGACAGCUUCUGCUGCUGCGAGCUCAACGGCGUCCCCCCUCCCAGCCCGGGCAUCUUCCCCCAGUCGGUCAACGUGGUCAUCAAAGACAAGCCUUCGGAUGCCCUGGGGAUGCCCUCCUCGAGCAGCGGCAUGGCCUCCGAGAUCAGCAGCGAGAUCUCAACCUCCGAAAUGAGCAGCGAGGUGGGGUCCACGGCCUCUGACGAGCCCCCUCAGGUAACCAUGAACGAGAACAGCCCGGCCUACCCCAGCGAGCAGCGCUGCAUGCUCCACCCGGUCUGCCUGUCCAACUCUUUCCAGAGGCAGCUGUCAAGCGCCACCUUCUCGAGCGCCUUUUCGGACAACGGGCUCGACAGCGACGACGAGGAGCCCAUCGAAGGCGUCUUCUCCAAUGGCAGCCGGGUGGAAGUGGAGGUGGACAUCCACUGCGGCCGCGCCAAGGAGAAGCUCCUGCUGCUGCAGGCCCCCGCGGAGGCCAGCGACGAGGGCAUCGUCAUCAGCGCCAACGAAGACGAGACCUGCCUCCUCCGCAAGGCCGACCCUUUGGCCACUGGGACCAUCGGGCGCCGGCGAGGCAACGGCUCCGUAGCCCCUCAGGAGAGGAGCCACAACCUCAUCGAAGUGGCGGCCGACGCGCCGCUCAGGAAAACUGGGGGGUACUUUGCAGCUCCGGCUCAGCCAGAUCCCGACGAUCAGUUCAUUAUCCCACCGGAGCUCGAAGAGGAGGUCAAGGAGAUAAUGAAGCAACACCACGAACAACAACAACAACAGCAGCAACAGCAACAGCAGCAACAACAACAACAACAACAACAGCGGCAAUACCAGAUGGACCAGCUGCCAGAUUAUUACGACACACCGCUAUGACCGAGCUUGACAAAAUAAGCUGACCAGACACUGAGAGCUUGGAGGCUCCUUAGGUUUGUAUUACACUAGCAGGGUAGGGAGGGGAGAGAAAGAAAGAGAGAGGGGGUUUUUUUUGGUUCCAGUUUCUCUUCCAGACACUUCCCCCUCUACUGAGAACUGCAGCUGCUUCUCCUUGUUUGUUAGCUGUAAUAAUCACAGAUUAUUCCCUCCCUUCCCCCUCUCUUCUAGUGAUGUUUCACCAGUUAGAAUUGAACUAGUUUAACUCUUCCCCUUCCUUAACAUAUCAGAUGUAAAAAAA